AUUUGACGUCCGUUCUUGAACAUCUCAUCAUCGCAGGACUGCAGUUGUCUUUCCGGCGUACUAAGACCAUCGAUGCGAUUGAUGGGAAGAAUCUCCGCCGUUGCGUUCGCCGGAGCUAGAUAGGAAGAUCGCGUCGCCGCUGGUAUCGAUGGGUCAGACUAUUUCAUCUCCCUCGCGACAGCCAUCUGCUGCUGCUGCACGUCGCUCCCGGAGCUGUACGUCUUUCGUGAUGAAUUCCGAAGAUUCCGAUUCCGACGUCUAUCUCUCCGGCGACGCGGCUCGUGAUCACACUGCCGAACUUCCGGACGAGGUUCUCGCCUUAAUAUUUCAGGUACUUGGGUCCAGCGACCGGAAGCGGUGCUCCCUCGUGUGUUGGCGAUGGCUCGCGGUCGAGGGUCAGAACCGUCAUCGCCUGUCCAUCGACGCUCGAGCUGCGCUUCUAGAUGCCGUUCCUUCUCUCUUUGCGCGCUUUGAUGCGGUAUCGAAGCUGGCGCUCAAGUGCGAUCGCCGCGCUGAUAGCAUAGGCGAUGAGGCGCUCGGUCUCAUUGCUCAGCGUUGCCCUAAUCUCACGCGCUUGAAGCUGCGGGCUUGCCGCGAGCUAACGGAGGCUGGGAUGUACGUGUUAGCGAAACAUUGCCCUAAUCUCCGUAAGCUCUCUUGCGGAUCUUGUAACUUUGGUGCUCGUGGUGUCGAGGCCGUUCUGCGUGGAUGUCUCCUGUUGGAAGAACUAUCCAUUAAGCGCCUCCGGGGGCUGAACGAGGCAGCCGGUGUGGGCGGCAAUAUUGUUGUUUCUUCCUCUUCUCUCAGGUCUAUUUGCCUCAAGGAGCUCUACAACGGCCAGUGCUUCGGCCCGGUCAUUGCUAGCUCGCCAAAUCUCCGAACGCUUAAGCUUUUCCGGUGCGCUGGCGAGUGGGAUUGCCUCCUUGAAGAGGUUGCAGAGAAGGUGACAGGACUUGUGGAGGUUCAUCUGGAGAAGCUGCAGGUUAGCGAUCGCGGUCUCUUUGCUCUUGCAUCCUGUACUGAUCUCGAGGUGCUUCAUCUCGUGAAAACGCCAGAGUGCACUGACGCUGGACUAAUUGCUUUUACCGAGAAAUGCAGACUUCUGAGGAAGAUACAUAUCGAUGGUUGGAAGACAAAUAGGAUUGGUGAUGAAGGCCUUAUGGCCGUUGCUAAACGAUGCCCUAACCUUCAGGAACUGGUUUUGAUUGGGGUUAAUCCCACAUCCCUGAGCCUCGGACUUUUAGGAAGCAAUUGUAGAAAUUUGGAAAGAUUGGCUCUUUGUGGAAGUGAGACUUUUGGGGAUAAGGAGAUCUCUUGCAUUGCUGCCAAAUGCAUGGCUUUGAAGAAGCUUUGCAUUAAGGGUUGCCCUGUUUCCGAUCAAGGGAUGGAAGCCCUGGCUGAUGGCUGCCCUAAUUUAGUGAAGGUAAAAGUGAAGAAAUGCAGGGCUGUUACUCCACAUGUAGCUGAUUGGUUGAUGGCUACCAGAGGGUCAUUGGCAGUGAAUUUAGACAACAUCAAUCAGAUUGAGCUGCAGGAGGCAUGCAUGAGUGAGAGUGGCAUGAUGGAUAAUGUUAUAGAGGAGAUUCCAGUUUUGAUAGAUCCUUUUUCCACAAUGGAUGUUCCAUCUAGCAGCAGCGGUAGAUCAGGACAUUGGAAGAGGAUAGGAUUUAUUGGAGGAAGGAAUUUCUUUGCUCCUACUUUCAGGAGAUUAUUUCAUGGAAGCAACAAUUCUCAUCACCUAUGAGAGGAAAGAGGAAGUUUUUCUUUCCUUCAUUACAAUCUGAUAACUAAGUAUUGUACCUUUAUGCUAAAAACUUGUUAAACUUGUAUUGGUUUCAUUGCAUAUUUUAGCUGUUGAUUUUGCCUUUGGUUAUAAGCUUUUAAUUUUC